GGCCAGCGGGGCAGCGCGCGCGGAACGGAGCUCGCUCCCGAGAGGGCAGGUGGGGGCGGGGAGUGGGCACCCGGGUUGCGGUGGCCGGAGGGGCCUGGGCCGCGAGGUCGGCGCCUGUGGCUGCGGCGGCCCGAGGCCAGAGGACCCGCCGCGGCUCGGUCUCCGGAGAGGGAGGGCCCCGCUGCCGUCGCCGCCCGGCCGGUGCCCGAUGAAAUCAGCCCAGAGAAGUGAUGGGAUUUGCCCCAGGUCUCCCACCCAGCAAGUCAGCGCUAACGACGGGUGUUGGUGGACAGUGAUGGUGGUUCUCACUCUUGUGUAUGAAGACCAGAAGCCAAGGAGCCCUCAGUGACCACGGAUUCUCUGGACACCUCCACAGCCCUGUCCCCUCUCAGCUGAGGCAGAGCCAGCACCAGCUCAGACACAAGGACGGAGCCCUUGAACUGCUGGGUUCCUUCCAGGGAGGUGGAGGAGAAAUCCAUCUGCUGGGGCCUGAGCGUGGCCUGGGGGCCAGGCCAUCGGUCCCAGAAUGCCCCUGCCCGAGCCCAGUGAGCAGGAGGGCGAGAGCGUGAAGGCCGGCCAGGAGCCCUCCCCUGAGUCCCCUGAGCCGGGCACAGAUGUCAUCCCUGCAGCCCCCACGAAGCCCACGGAGUUCUCCGAACUGGUCCUACUGACAGCCUCCACUGAGAAUGGGGAUGGAGUGGACUCCCAGCCCAAAGCAGUGCACUGUGUCCUGUCCUUGGAGAUGUCUGGCCCUGACACCCUGGCUGGGACCCCCCAGAUCCUGCCAGUAGAGGAACAGCAGGGGGCAGUCCAACCAAGCCCCCAGGCCCAGGAACUGAAACACAGCAAGCCAGACACAGCAGCCCCCCAGCCCCUGGAGUUCCUGAGGACCCCAUUUGGGGGCCGCCUGCUGGUGCUGGAGUCCUUCCUGUACAAGCAGGAGAAGGCUGUGGGGGACAAGGUAUACUGGAAGUGCCGCGAGCACACCGAGCUGGGCUGCCGGGGCCGGGCCAUCACCCGUGGCCUAAGGGCCACGGUGAUGCGGGGCCACUGCCACCCGCCCGAUGAGGAGGGCCUGGAGGCCCGGCGCCAGAGACAGAAGCUGCCCAGCCCAGCCCUGCCCGAAGGCUUGGGGGAUCCCCAGGGCCCCGGCGGCCGAGUGGAGGAGCCCCUGGAGGGGGUGGGCCCGUGGCUGUGCCCCGAGGAGCCGGAGCCGGCCCCGGGGCCAGUGCUGAGCAAGCCAGCUCCCGAGGAGGAUGAGGGGCUCCGAGCCCUGUCGCUGCUGAGCUUGCCUCCCAAGAAACGCCCGACGCUGGGGACCGGAGGGCCCCCGCCCCUGGAGUUCCUGAGAACCUGCUACGGGGGCAGCUUCCUGGUGCACGAGUCCUUCCUCUACAAGCGGGAGAAGGCUGUGGGGGACAAGGUGUACUGGACGUGCCGGGACCACACGCUGCAUGGCUGCCGCAGCCGGGCCAUCACACAGGGCCAGCGGGUGACUAUCAUGCGUGGCCACUGCCACCCGCCUGACGUGGAGGGUCUGGAGGCCCGGCGGCAGCAGGAGAAGGCCAUGGAGUUGCUGCGGGCCAGGCCGGGCGGCCCCGGGGGCCAAGUGGACAAGGUGCUCCAAGGCGUGGACAGCCUGUUCUACCGCAGGGGGCCGGGCCCCCUGACUCUCACCAGGCCCCGGCCCAGAAAGCGGUCAAAGGCCAAAGAUCAGGACCUCCUGGCCCAGCCGCAAGGCGAGGAGGACCAGGACGAGGACCUGGGAGGCCCUGAGUUCCUGAGGACCCCUCUGGGGGGCAGCUUCCUGGUGUACGAGUCCUUCCUCUACAGGCGGGAGAAGGCGGCCGGGGAGAAGGUGUACUGGACGUGCCGGGACCAGGCCCGCAUGCGCUGCCGCAGCCGAGCCAUCACCCAAGGCAAGCGGGUGACAGUGAUGCGAGGCCACUGCCACCCGCCCGACCUGGGGGGCUUGGAGGCCCUGCGGCAGCGAGAGAAACGCCCUGGCACGGCUCAGCGAGGGAGCUCUGGAGGCCCUGAGUUCCUGAGGACCCCUCUGGGGGGCAGCUUCCUGGUGUACGAGUCCUUCCUCUACAGGCGGGAGAAGGCGGCCGGGGAGAAGGUGUACUGGACGUGCCGGGACCAGGCCCGCAUGCGCUGCCGCAGCCGAGCCAUCACCCAGGGCCAGCGGGUCAUGGUGAUGCGCAGACACUGCCAUCCGCCCGACCUGGGGGGCCUGGAGGCCCUGAGGCAGCGGGAGCAGCUCCCCAGCCCAGCCCAGAGGGAAGGCUCAGGUGUGGAAACCCUCCAGCCCCUGGAGUUCCUGAGGACCUCUCUCGGGGGCAGGUUCCUGGUGUACGAGUCCUUCCUCUACAGGAAGGAGAAGGCGGCCGGGGAGAAGGUAUACUGGAUGUGCCGGGACCAGGCCCGCUUGGGCUGCCGCAGCCGGGCCAUCACCCAGGGCCAGCGGGUGACCGUCAUGCGCAGCCACUGCCACCUGCCUGACCUGGCGGGCCUGGAGGCCCUGAGGCAGCGGGAGCGGCUCCCCAGCACAGCCCAGCAGGAAGACCCAGAAAAGACAAAACUUCUGCCUGAAGUUCAACUGUGCUUCGAGACUUGUGCUCCUGAAAGCCAACAGAGCUAUGGGAAGGUGGAAGAUACACAUCUGGACAGCGAGUCCCAAUGAGGCCAGCCUCCUCCCGGACUCAGCAGAGGAACCUCACGUGUCACCUGCGUCAAGGAUGCUCCAGGUCCACACAGAACCCCGGCAUUUCCCACCACGUUAGAUUUUGCUCGACAAAACCUCUUUCACUCUUCCAAAGCAUCCACGGCCUUCACAUUUCCUCAAGAGGCCUCCCAGGAGGAACACUUCGAUGGUGUCUCCCUGCCGACAAAGAAGAGCCCCAGGAGCUGGUGGCCCGCAGCUGUGUGUGACGUGGAGUGACGUGGGGAGGGCCACGGCCACCAAAAGCUCUGAGGAAGGAAGCAUCGUUCACAAAGACACCUGCCCCUGCCCUGGUGCAAAUACCCAUCUGUUUUCAGAGCCCACGGCUUUGCCAAGGGCUUUCCUGUUGGGUGUGGUCCUGCUUCAGCUCCACAACGUGGAAAAUCAUCGUGGAGGCCACUUCAAGACGAAGGUGGGGCACGUUUGGGGAAGUUCCUGCUUCCUCAGGCUGAGCUGCCCCUGCGGUUCCAGCCGCCCCAGGUGUUUUCCGGGUAGGUGCCAGGUGGGCCUUCAUGCUCCUUGGCCAUCUGCUGCCGGGGUGUGGCUGUCCCAUUAACAGAGCAGGCCGAAACCAGAGGCCUUGCUACACCCUCUGUUAGAGUUCCCUUUGCUGUUUUCCAACUUAAAUUAAACCCAGUGUCCACAGUCCCCAGGGCAGGUGUUGUUCAGGCCCUGGAAGCCAGCCUGACGGCUGCAGGAAGCCAGCACUGGGCAAACUCCACCGGGGUCGCCCACGUUCGCCUGAUGCAGGAGGAGAGGCAGACCCCGAUGACAGCAGGUGCAACCCCUUCUCCUGUCUGACGGCACGGCAGGGAGACGGCCUGCAGGGAGCAGUGAGCCCAUGUUCCCCACGAACUCCAGAGGCUGCUGCUUGCUAACAGGGCCGCAUCCUCCCCAGCGGGCUCCUUGAAUUGCAGGGGGAGCACACGGUGCAGGCUUCCUCCCACCAAGCUGGCCAUGCAGCCUGCCGUCCAGCCAUGGGACAGUGACAGCUCAGACACCCCCCACUGUCCUUCUGCCUAUACAUUUCCUGCAAUAAACCUGAUUUUAUAUCUUA